AUGAUGGAAUUUUUGGUGUAUUAUUUGCUUGGUACUUUUGGUCUCUUAAUAAUCUACGAAAUUAUUAAAUGUUGCAGAGGAAAAGAGUGCAUCGGGAGAUUUCUAAAUUGCGGGGCAGUCACACUUCUUGUGAUCCUCAUAGAUUCUCUUAGAAGUGUAGUAGAGUUGAUUGUAUCGCAUUUGACACCGUAUUUCAUACCGCAAGACGUAAAUCCUCUGUGGAAGAAGUAUGGAAAUUGGGCAGUGGUCACCGGAUGUACGGACGGCAUCGGCAAACAUUAUGCUUUGGAAUUGGCGCAGAAGAACAUCAACAUCGUACUCAUUAGUCGAAAUAUUGAUAAAUUAAAGAACGUCGCGGAAGAGAUAGAAAAAUAUGGUGUGAAGACAAAAAUAAUCGUGGCCGACCUCAGCAAGGGUACCGAGGUGUACCAGCACAUUGAAGAUGAACUUAAAGAUAUCCCAGUCGGGAUAUUAGUGAAUAAUGUCGGAGGUCAAUACGAUUAUCCCAUGCCGCUAUGCGAAGUGACACUGGCCAAGGCUUGGGAGAUUAUCAAUCUUAACGUGGUCACUGUGACCACGCUGACUAGAAUGCUGCUCCCAGCGAUGGUGGCUAGAGGCCAAGGUGCGAUUGUCAAUAUAUCUUCGGGUUCCGAAGCGCAGCCGCUGCCUCUUAUGACGGUUUAUGCGGCUACUAAGGCGUAUACACGUAGCUUCACAUACGCAAUUCGAGAAGAGUACGCUAACAAGGGGAUCUACGUGCAGCACGUGUCACCGCUCUUCGUAUCCACCAAGCUGAACUCGUUCUCCCAGCGUUUGGUGGAUGGUAACAUCCUCGUGCCAAACGCCGCUACGUACGCUAAGAGCGCUGUUUAUUUGUUAGGAAGAGUUAGUAAUACUACUGGGUAUUGGAUACAUGGUAUUCAGUACUUCUUCAUCACAUUGGCCCCGCAAUGGAUGCGAAUCAUGAUCGGUCACCGAAUGAACAAAGACUUCAGAAAUGAACAUUUCAGGAACAACAAAGUGACGGCGCAGUGA